UUUCAGUUUUAGGUGUAAAACACAGCGGAAAAAAAAUGUGCCGUUUACUUCGUCGAUUGUUCUUACUAUCAUUGAUGAUUGGCGUAAUGAUUAGCUUGUUCACCUUCUUAGUCGUCGAUGUGCAGCCGUUUAAACUGUCUUCUCUGAGAUACAAGAGUGAACAAGAGUUCAUGGACACUUAUGCGUUUUUCGAUAAUUUCAACAAUGCAACUGGUGUCGAUCAUUUCAUCGUGCCAAACAUCAUCCAUUUUAUUCGCUUCAAGAAUUUCCAGCUGGGCUUCGUCGAUUACGUGGUACUCAAAGCUGCGAUGCGUAAUCACAGGCCGGAUAAAUUCUAUUACCAUACGGAUGUAAAAGACGCUAAAUGCGAAGGUAAGUAUUGGGAAUGGGUGAAAAAGGAUGAAGCGUUGUGGUCUCGAAUCGAAGUCAAGUACGUCGAGUUGCCAACGCAAGUCUUUGGACAAAAGUUGAGCGAAGGUUGGGGUUUAUUCCACGGCAGCGAUAUAACACGAUUACGUAUUCUGCAAAAGUACGGAGGCAUCUAUUUGGAUAAUGAUUGUUACGUUAUCCAAUCACUGGACAAGUAUCGCAAAUUCGAAUGCACCGUCAACUGGGAUGAAAAUCAAUUUCUUGGCAAUCAAGUCAUCAUUGCAAAUAAGAAUGCUCGUGUCUUGCCAUUAUGGCUAGACACUUAUAAGGAAUAUCAUUCGGACAGAUGGUAUUACAACGGUGGAGAGCGACCCACAGUGGAAGUUUUGUAUCGUCAUCCAGAAUUAGUUCAUCGCGUGAAAGGCAAUUUCGGAGCAGACACUGGUGUAUCGGUCGGUGUCUAUAAGAAUCCACAAAUGGAUUGGCGUCGUUUGGAUAUCAUCCAUUUGCUCAUGGGACAUCGUUCUUAUAUGGACCCUAAUUUCAACAAAACCCCUGUUUUCGACGAAAACAUUAUCCGCACUUAUCCCUAUCCUUUCGGAGAAAUGGCCCGCGAAGUUCUCGAUCUGCCCCCACCCCCAUCCAAAUAGCUAAACCAAAAGGGAAAGAAUCUAAACGUGUUACUGCGACGUAAGACAUUCUUCUUUUUUCUUUACCGAUAUCCAAAGGGAAGGGUGAGCGAAAGGAAACACAUUUUUCUUUUCAUUACCAUCACCCUUUUUUUUUUGCCCACACGUGUCGUAGCUUACCUAUCCCGUUGCACCUGUACAGCCAAAUUCUUCCUUUCAUGUUUCAUUCUGUCGACAGUGCUUGAGUGGGUGUGAGGUCAGAUCAACUGUGCUGAUAUUGUGCAACCUUCAGAGUAGUACCACUAUUUAAUAUGCAAGUUACAGUGUUUUCUUUUUUUGUCUGGUUACCCUUUUUCAUUUUCCUGCAUGGUUUCACAAAAAAAACUCACUUGUUAUAUUAAAUUUAUUUUCAGCUACAUCAGGUUAAAAAAAA